CUGACGUCAGCACGCAAAGCCCCAAACCCGAGACUGAAGCUGUAAACAAUAAAACCCAACCCGUCCAUCAUCCAUGCGCUAAACAUGCAUUUAUCCGCGAUGACGGCCGUGUUCCCGGUGCUGCUGUGCCUCCUGUGCGCCUCCAGACCCGCUCGAGGUUACUAUGGCAACCCCCUGAACAAGUACAUCCGGCACUACGAGGGUCUGUCGUACGACACGGAUCAGCUGCACAUCCGGCACCAGAGGGCCAGGAGGGCGCUGUCGCACCAGGAGCGCGAGCUGCAGCUGGAGUUCCACGCGCACGGCAGGCAUUUCAACCUGCGGAUGAAGCGAGACACCAGGCUGUUUUCAGACGACUUCAAGCUGGAGAUGUCCGGAGAGGAGCUGGAGUACGACACCUCGCACAUCUACACCGGACAGAUCUACGGAGAACACGGCACUCUGACGCACGGCUCGGUCGUGGACGGGAAGUUCGAGGGCUUCAUUCAGACCCAUCGAGGCACGUAUUACGUGGAGCCGGUCGAGAGAUACCUGCAGGAUAAAAACGUCCCGUUCCACUCCGUCAUCUACCACGAGGACGACAUCCAAUAUCCUCACAAGUACGGGCCGGAGGGCGGCUGUGCGGAUUCGUCUGUGUUUGACAGGAUGAAGAAAUACCAGGCGUCAGUGCUGGAGGAACCGGCGAAGGAGAACCGGUCAGCGGAGGAGCAGGCCUUGCUGAGGAAGAAGAGGAUGACUCAGGUGGAGAAGAACACCUGUCAGCUCUUCAUCCAGACCGAUCACCUGUUCUACAAAUACUACAAGACCAGAGAGGCCGUCAUCGCUCAGAUCUCCAGUCACGUGAAGGCCAUCGACGCCAUCUACCAGGGCACAGACUUCAUGGGCAUCCGCAACAUCAGCUUCAUGGUCAAGAGGAUACGGAUCAACACCACCAGUGACGAGCGCGAUCGGUCCAACCCUUUCCGCUUCGCCAACAUCGGCGUGGAGAAGUUCCUGGAGCUGAACUCGGAGCAGAAUCACGACGACUACUGCCUGGCCUACGUCUUCACCGACAGAGACUUCGACGACGGCGUGUUGGGUCUGGCCUGGGUCGGCGCUCCCGCCGGGAGUUCUGGAGGCAUCUGUGAGAAGAGCAAGCUCUAUUCCGACGGGAAGAAGAAGUCUCUCAACACGGGAAUCAUCACGGUUCAGAACUACGCCUCACACGUGCCGCCCAAAGUCUCGCACAUCACGUUCGCACAUGAGGUCGGACACAACUUCGGCUCGCCGCAUGACUCCGGGUCGGAGUGCACUCCGGGCGAGUCCAAGAGCCAGGAUAAGAAGGAACGGGGGAAUUACAUCAUGUACGCCCGCGCCACAUCCGGAGACAAGCUUAACAACAACAAGUUCUCCGUGUGCAGCAUCAAGAACAUCAGCCAGGUGCUGGAGAAGAAGCGCGGCAGCUGUUUCGUGGAGUCCGGGCAGCCGAUCUGCGGGAACGGGCUGGUGGAGCCGGGCGAGGAGUGUGACUGCGGAUACAGCGAUCAGUGUAAAGACGAGUGCUGCUACGACGCCAAUCAGCCGGACAACAGGAAGUGCAAACUCAAACCCAACAAAGUCUGCAGGUAAAAACACUGGGCCACAGUGCUGACAUCCUCAUUGGUCCUAAUAAUAGGCUUGAUUUCAGAUCAA